UAUUGAUACCUGCGGAUGUGGAGUGCUAGUUUGUGAAAUUAAAACAAAAUUUGUUUUAUAUGAACAGUUAUUUCAAGGAUUGCUACUGUUAAAUAAUAUUAGUGAAAUAUAUAGGAAGUUAGAAUGGAUAUAGAUGAAACACCGUACAAAUCCGGUUUAAUGUCGACGGUUCACAAUCUCUUUUCAUCAACUAAUCCUGCCGUGAAAAAGCUUCUUGGCUGGAAGCAAAGCGAGGAAGAAGAAAAAUGGGCAGAGAAAGCGAUAGAAUCUCUGGUAAAAAAGUUAAAGAAGAAACGUGGUGCCCUAGAGGAACUUGAACGUGCUAUUAGCAAUCAGAGUUGUACGAGCAAGUGCGUAACCAUACCGAGGAGUAUGGACGGCAGACUUCAAGUGUCGCAUCGCAAGGGCUUACCUCACGUUAUUUAUUGUAAAUUGUGGCGCUGGUCAGACUUGCGUUCGCAUCAUGAACUUAGACCUCUAGACUGUUGCGAAUACCCCUUUUCUGCGAGACAUGAGGAAGUUUGCAUCAACCCAUACCACUAUAGGCGCGUAGAAACGCCCACCUUACCGGCUGUCAUGGUACCAAGAAGCUCAGACUUAUUCCAGCAGUGCACAACAUCGAAUUUUCAACAACAAAAUCUGAAAUCAACGAUGCCACAAAACAUCUCCAUGCAGUACGCGUCUGGGCAACAGACUCUGGGUAAUAAUUCGCCACAAAAUUCGUACGAGUCAUACAGCUCGAGCAAUUUUUCUCAAGCAUCACCGUACGGCCAUCAACUAUAUUCACCCGAGUCUACGACAAACAUGGGAAACACAAGCAAUACACAAAUUAAGGAGGUACGUUAAAACAAAACAUAUUUCAGACUAUUUCUAUCAUAUAAGAAUAUUCAAAGUAGCUCGAUACAAUCAAUAUACAGCGAAAAUCCACAUAAUGCGAAACCAAUUGCCUAUGAAGAAACUUGCCAUUGGGCUUCCAUUGCUUAUUAUGAGUUGAACAGCCGAGUAGGUGAAAUCUUCCAGUGCGUACAACCCGUGAUUACCGUUGAUGGUUUUACCAACCCGACGAAUGGCACUGAACGAUUCUGUCUUGGGAAAUUAUCUAACGUGAAUCGAAAUUCUACCAUUGAAAACACAAGACGACACAUCGGUCGUGGCCUUCAACUUCAUUACGUCGGCGGUGAAGUGUACGCCGAGUGCAAUUCAGAUCAUGCUAUCUUCGUGCAAUCGAGGAACUGCAAUUACGAGGCUGGAUUCCAUCCUACGACUGUUAUUAAAAUGCCAUCCGGUUGUGUGCUUAAAAUAUUCGAUAACAGAUUAUUCGGCGAAUUACUAAAAAAAAGCGUGCAUUUUGGUUUUGAGUCUGUAUACGAACUCACUAAAAUGUGCACAAUCAGAAUGUCCUUCGUAAAAGGCUGGGGAACUGAGUAUCAACGUCAAGAUGUAACCGCCACUCCUUGCUGGAUUGAAAUACAUUUAAAUGGUCCACUUAAGUGGCUUGAUAAUGUUUUAACUGGUAUGGGUACACCUCAUAAUGCCAUUAGUUCAGUGUCGUAAAGAAAUAUUUGUUUUAAUUAUUCUGUAAAUAUGUUGUAUUAAUAUAGGAUAAAUA